CUUCGAUUCCCUCAUCAGUCUCACUCCGUAGUAGCAGCUUGAGUUCCAGAGCUUCCAUUUUCUCUCUCUACUUCUCUCUAAAACUGCAAGGAUGCGUGAGAUUUUGCACAUUCAAGGAGGCCAAUGCGGCAACCAGAUCGGAGCAAAGUUCUGGGACGUGGUUUGCGCCGAGCACGGCAUCGACUCCACCGGGAGAUACAGCGGCGACAACGAUCUCCAAUUGGAGCGCGUGAACGUCUACUACAAUGAGGCCAGCUGCGGGAGGUUCGUUCCUCGCGCCGUGCUCAUGGACCUCGAGCCUGGAACCAUGGAUAGCGUCAGAUCUGGGCCGUACGGGCAGAUCUUCAGGCCCGAUAACUUCGUCUUUGGCCAGUCUGGCGCCGGUAACAACUGGGCCAAGGGACACUACACUGAGGGAGCAGAGCUUAUUGAUUCCGUGCUCGAUGUUGUCAGGAAAGAGGCAGAGAAUUGUGAUUGCCUUCAAGGGUUUCAGGUUUGCCACUCAUUGGGUGGUGGGACUGGAUCAGGAAUGGGAACCCUCCUUAUUUCCAAGAUUAGGGAGGAGUACCCCGACAGGAUGAUGCUCACUUUCUCCGUGUUUCCUUCUCCUAAGGUGUCGGACACAGUUGUUGAGCCAUAUAAUGCUACUCUCUCUGUUCACCAACUUGUUGAGAAUGCAGAUGAGUGUAUGGUGCUGGAUAACGAAGCUCUUUAUGAUAUUUGCUUCCGGACACUUAAACUUACUACUCCAAGCUUUGGGGACCUUAAUCACUUGAUUUCUGCCACCAUGAGUGGUGUAACUUGUUGCUUGCGUUUCCCUGGGCAACUCAAUUCUGAUCUCCGCAAGCUAGCAGUGAACCUUAUUCCAUUCCCCCGGUUGCAUUUCUUCAUGGUUGGGUUUGCUCCGCUCACAUCUCGUGGGUCACAGCAGUACCGGGCUCUGACAGUCCCUGAGCUCACUCAACAGAUGUGGGAUGCAAAGAACAUGAUGUGCGCUGCUGAUCCUCGCCAUGGGCGCUAUUUGACUGCUUCUGCAAUGUUCCGUGGCAAGAUGAGCACCAAAGAAGUUGAUGAGCAGAUGAUCAAUGUGCAGAACAAGAACUCUUCUUACUUCGUCGAGUGGAUCCCCAACAACGUGAAGUCCACCGUGUGUGACAUUCCUCCCACCGGUCUGAAGAUGGCGUCUACAUUCAUUGGCAACUCCACCUCAAUCCAGGAGAUGUUCCGCAGGGUGAGUGAGCAGUUCACAGCCAUGUUCCGCAGAAAGGCUUUCUUGCAUUGGUACACCGGGGAGGGUAUGGACGAGAUGGAAUUCACCGAAGCAGAGAGCAACAUGAACGAUUUGGUUUCCGAGUACCAGCAGUACCAAGAUGCAACUGCAGAUGAAGAAGGAUAUGACUACGAAGAUGAGGAAGAAGAACUUCAAGACUCUUAAAACUAGUUUCUUGCUUGGGUAUACUUUAUAUGGGAUUGAAUUUUGCUUGCAUGCACUUGUGCUGUAGGGAGUACUGACUAGGUUUUACAAUUUUCUAUUUGAUCACUGUUGUGGCUUGACUGAUUGUCUAUGGGUUUUAAAUUCUUCUGCGUGUACGGGUUCUGUUUUC